AGGUGCAAUUAGCUAUGCAUGACAUAGUUUAACCCUUCACCAACGUCUUCUGCAUGGUACACUAACCCCAGCCAGUAAAGACCUUAUUUAACCAUGGUUAGGUCUACUGAACGCUAUAUAAACUCAACGUCUCGGGCUACUUAACUCAUUCAUUCUUCAUUCUCACACACACCUUCAAAGUUUCAAAUUCUCUCUUCACAAGCUCUAACAGUGAAAACACAAUCGCCGGUGAUAUCUUUGUAUUUACGACGUUUCUCUAAGCUUUAAUUAUAUACAAAGUCUACAAUUUCCCAUUAACAACACAAACAAACACCAACAAUGGGAAACUGCAUACCUUGUUCUGCUUCAGAAACCACCCAGGCAACCAUCUCCGUCAAUCAUCGAAGCACCAACACCAAACCCUCUUCCACCACAGGGACAUCAAUUGGAACGAGUAAUGCUGUGGGAAUUUCGGACUUGAAGGUGUACACGUAUUCGGAUUUGAAGAAGUGUACUAGAGGUUUUAAGUCUGAUAUGGUUUUGAGUGUGGGGUGGUUUGGGACUGUGUAUAAAGGUUGGGUGGAUGAAAAGACUUUGUUGCCCUCCAAGAAAUGGACUGGGUUUACGGUGGCUGUUAAGAAGUUGAAUCAUGAGAGUGUUCAAGGGUUUCAGGAAUGGCAGUCCGAAGUGAACUUCUUGGGACGGCUUUCUCAUCCUAACGUGGUGAAGCUUCUUGGGUACUGCAGGGAAGAUAGAGACCUUCUACUUGUAUACGAGUUUAUGAAGAAGGGAAGCUUAGAAAACCAUCUUUAUGGACGAGGAUCUGCAGUUCAACCACUUUCUUGGAAUUUACGGCUUAAAAUAGCCAUUGGUGCAGCUCAGGGACUAGCUUUUUUACACAGUUCAUAUGACAACGUCAUUUACAGAGAUAUUAAGGCCUCUAAUAUAUUUAUUAAGGCCUCUAAUAUAUUGCUCGAUAGGGUGAGAGUUUUAUAUAACUUUUUUACCUUCCUACUUUUGCUUCUAUAUAAUAUAAUGCAUCAUUUUGGGUUGGCGAAACUAGGUCCUCCAGGACGAGGGUCACAGGGCUAUGCUGCUCCUGAGUACCUUGCUACAGGCCAUUUGUACGUACAGAGUGACGUGUAUGGAUUUGGGGUUGUGCUACUUGAACUGAUGAUGGGUCUACGAGCACUUGACCCAAAAAGGCCCGGCCCACAGGUUAACCUGGUCGGGUGGGCCAAACCGUUGCUCCCAAACAGGAUGAAGUUAAAAACAAUAAUGGAUGCAAGGAUGGAAGGCAAAUACUCAAGUAAAGGUGCAAUAAUGCUUGCUCAACUCAUCCUUCGUUGCCUAGAAGAGGAACCACGAAAACGGUCCGCCAUGAAAGAAGUGGCGGAUAUUUUGGAGCAGAUAUAUGCUAUCAAGGUCAAAACCUAA